GGGACUCUCUUCUAUGUUUGAGUGAACUAAAGGAUGUUGUUUACUGAGCUCCCAUUGGUUAGUGACAAGAAGGGGAUGAGUUGUUUAGACUUUUUUUUUAGGAUACUGUUCUCUCUGCCCUACAAUGAUAAAAGCUGUAGAACCAGUCUGAGGUGUUGCCCAGCAGUCAGUAACACUGGUCACAUUCAUAUCUACAAACUGUUUCACCCACUUUAUAUGCAUAUACUGUAUUCAUGGCUCAUCCUAUAUAAUUAUGUUUUUUUAUUUUCUUGAUUAUGUGCAUUUUUAUUGCUAUGUUUUACUGCACGGUUGGAGCUAGCAACACAAGCAUUUCGAGGCACCUGCAAUAACUGAACAUCUGUGUACUCAACCAGUAAACUUUCAUUUGAGGGACUAGGAUCAGAUGAAGAUGGAUAAAACAUGUUAUGCAUGAACCUCAUCUCUAUAUUGGACAGUGCUCUAUAAUCCUGGUCCUGGAGAGUUUACAUGGUGUGCAUAGAUGAUACAUUGAUUAACACAGCUGCUGUUCAAUUUAUCGUCUAUAAGGGGAACUCACGUUCUGAAAAUAGAGACAUUGCACAUUGCAGACAGAACAUUAACUUUCAACUCUAUAUAUGUGAGCCAUUUUUUGUUAUUUGCAUUUUUCGUUGCAAAAUUCAUAGACUCACAAAAACUCAUGAUUCCCAACAAAGCUUUUCGUUUAUUACGUUAACGCCCCUCAAACGGACCUAUCGAAGCAUCCGUCACCUCCCAAUGACUUCACUUCCCAGUACCCCACCGCACUCGCCCUUGCAAAGCUUGCUGCUAGCGGUGUCACAGCAGAUACAGAACAGCAUGGAAGGUGACAGUUACUAAAGUCAUAGUUGGGGCAAUGAAACAGAAAAUAAUGUCACAGACAGUGCCUCCGGGAUCUGAAAACGUUAGCGACACGAAAGUGUUCAACUUUCAAGAGUUUUAUAUUCAAAACGUGGACACACUUUGAACAUUGACGUGACAGAUCGCUGUUUAGCUAGCUCGCUAACCCUGCUAGCUAAGUUAUUUUGGUGUGCAGAAUCAAUUCGAUAGCCAUCGCUAAACUCAAGGACGGCGUAGGGUGGAGACAGGCUGCCAACUGAAUAUUUAAAGAAAACGUCUGUAAAUUAAUUUAAAAAAACAAGGAAACCCGGAAGGAUCCGCAGGGGGUGCUAGGAUAUCGACAAGUUUCAGGUAGUUGGUGUUGCCGCCUCCCGGUGGCCGGUGUGUAUGAGUGUGGGCAGAGGCUGGUGAGCGUCGUAGUCCACGGGGAUGGGGAAUGGAGUCCAGCAACACCAGGCAACACCACUCACACAAGGAGAGGUGCUGCCACUGCCCUCCGACAGCCAGGCAGAGGGUCUAAAGCCCCAGACACGGUCCGUGGUUAACUCUCUCCUCUCAGGGGCCUUAGCUGGAGCCUUGGCCAAAACCGCUGUGGCCCCGCUGGACAGAACCAAGAUAAUCUUCCAAGUGUCCUCAGCAAGAUUCUCUGCCAAGGAGGCGUAUAGGUUGAUCUAUCGGACCUACCUGAAGGACGGCUUCCUCAGCCUAUGGAGGGGCAACUCUGCCACCAUGGUGCGGGUCAUCCCCUACGCUGCCAUCCAGUUCUGUGCUCACGAGCAGUACAAGAGACUACUGGGUGGAUACUUCGGCUUCCAGGGAAAGGCCCUGCCGCCGGUGCCAAGGUUACUGGCUGGUUCUAUGGCUGGUACCACAGCUGCCAUGCUCACCUAUCCUCUGGACAUGGUGCGAGCCAGGAUGGCUGUCACGCCCAAGGAGAUGUACAGUAACAUAAUCCAUGUGUUUGUGCGUAUCUCUCGUGAGGAGGGUUUGAAGACACUGUAUCGUGGUUUCACCCCCACCAUACUGGGUGUGGUGCCCUACGCUGGACUCAGCUUCUUCACCUACGAGACUCUCAAGAAAAUGCAUGCAGAGCGGAGCGGUCGCCCCCAGCCCUACUCGUACGAGAGGUUGGUGUUCGGGGCAUGCGCAGGUCUCCUGGGCCAAUCGGCCUCCUACCCGCUGGAUGUGGUGCGGCGGCGCAUGCAGACGGCGGGCGUGACUGGGCACACCUACGGCACCAUCCUGGGUACCAUGCGGGACAUCGUGGCGGAGGAGGGCGUGGUGCGUGGACUCUACAAGGGCCUCAGUAUGAACUGGGUCAAAGGGCCCAUCGCUGUGGGCAUCAGCUUCACCACCUUUGACAUGACACAGAUCCUUCUGAAGAAGUUGUACCAGCUGAGGUAUAAUAACAGGUAACCAAUAGGGAGACACUGGUGGAGGGAUAGAGAAGGCAACGGCGAGGGGAAUGAGGACCAUAGAUAAUAGCAGGACAGUCGCUCUAUGAGAACCUCGGCACAAACGACGUGAAGGCCAGGAUGAGAAAAACAAACAUUGUCGCUUUCUAGGGUCAAGGCAUAACGGAUUGGGGAAUGAUUGAGUGAUCCAGGUCAGCACAGUGGACACACACAGUGUGUGAAAUGAAUGUCUUCAUCUUUGUGUAUGUACAUGGAGGCAUGAAGUCUCAUAAGAGGUACAUUUGGUGGGUCAUAAUAUACACACUAUGGUCCUGUA